GCCCCUGCCGGGAGCGCGCUCUGCCCGCUGAGGCUCCCGUGCCGGGCAUGGCGGAGGCGGCUCCACGGCGGCGGCUCCUCCCAGCCUGGAUGCGGACGGCGGGUGACGAUGGUCCCGCGGCCGUGGCCCCGGUCCCCGCUACAAGGCGGCGGAAGGCGGCGGCAAGGCCCAGAGUGGCGGCGGUGCACUGCAUGAACGAGGCGGAGCUGGUGAACGUGGCCCUCGCGGUCCUGGCCGAGAAGCUACAGCGCGAGGAAGAAGGGGAGAAGGCCUGUUCCCGGAGGGAAGAGGAGCAGGAGCUCCAGCCAGCGUCAGGCCAGGCUCCUGGAAACACAGCCGGCACGGGGGGAGGCAGCGACCGCAGUCCAACCCUCCCAUCCCCUCCUGGCGCUGGUGCUGAUGCAGAGAGGACAGGCUGGGAGGACUCUCAGAGUGAUGUUCUGAAAUAUGUCAGGGAGAUCUUUUUCAGCUAACGCUGUCCCCUCCGCGGCUGCCCAGGAGCAAAGGGGACAGCUCGGAGGAUGGUGGGAGGAGGGUGUGGAGUGGGCUGUGUAUCUGAUGUGUUGGUGGCCUAUGGGGCUGGCAGGAUUGCUCAGCAUCCUCUUCCCGGCCUGAAGGGGGGAUGAAUAAACCACAUGAGGCUA